AUGGCGCACCAAAUGGCUGUGGAAACGCAGCAGGAGCUGCGACGUCUGCCCGGCAACAACCGAUGUGUAGACUGCGACGCCCCCUACCCCCAAUGGGCCACUGUCUCGUACGGGACGUUCAUGUGUCUCGAGUGCUCGGGCCGCCAUCGUGGACUAGGGGUGCACCUGUCGUUCGUGCGGUCAGUGACGAUGGACUCGUGGACGGACAAACAGGUGAUGCAGAUGCAGAGAGGCGGCAAUGAGUCGUUCCGCGUGGCGUUCGCUGCUGCUGGCGUGCCCACGGACCUCUCUAUCAGUGAAAAGUACAACACGCCACAAGCCGAAGUCUACCGUCAACGUCUCACGGCGAUUGUCGAGGGACGGGCCCCGCCGUCGCUACCCCAGUGGGAUCCGAGCACGCGCCAGCCGUCCUCGUCCUCGUUUUCGUCUGCUUCGUACGCUGGUGGAGGUCAGGCUGGAGGCGAUACACGUGGUGUUGAAGCGCUCAAAGGCGAGUCGGAGCAGGACUACGUUGCUCGUCAGAUCAAGCUGCGGGAAGAGGCUCGCGCCCGCAUGGCUGCCAAGUUUGGCAGCAACGGGAUGCAGGGCAUUGGAAGUGGCGGUGAAACGCGUGUGCCUCAAGCUCCAUCUGCCGGUCUGGGCGAUCUCUCGGGCGCGUUUAGUUACUUGACUAGCACAGUCACGACAGUCGCCAGUUCGGCUGCCAGUCUCAUGAAGGACCAAGACUUGGGGUCAAAGGUGUCGUCCGGAUGGUCGUUCAUGCAGCACGCGACCCACGAUCCGGCACUCACCGAAAACGUCAAGUCGUCUGCCUCGUCCGGCUGGUCCGUGCUGUCCAGCGGUGCUUCUGCACUAAUACAGACCGCCCAGACUGCAGUCAACGGGAACGGUUAUGCCAAUAACAACGCAGCUGGAAUGAGCAGCGCGUUUCCUCGCACCAACACUGAUCUGCCGACCUCCAGCAAGUAUGCAGGUGUUGGCAGCAGCAGCAGCGGUAUAAGUUCGUCAAGCCGCGAUCACGACAACGACUCGUGGCUGGACUCGCAGCUCAGCAGCAGCAGCGACUUUGACAGCAGGAGUGGCAGUUCCCACACAACAAUGCAGCAGGCAAACGCUUUGCAGACGUCAAGCUCGCUCGGGUCGUCAUCGCUCAGUACAAACAGCGACAGCCACGACCUGCUUGGGCUCUCGUCGAUGUCCAUAGCUUCGGUUUCAAGCAGCAAUGGAUCGACUGCUGCUCCUGUUGUCGCUGUUUUACCUCCAGCUCCGGUUGCAAAGGAGCCAAAACCGAAGAAGGACGUCGAUUUCUUUGGCGAGUUUGGCUUUUAG